GGAAGCGAUGGCAUAACGGAAGAUGGAUCAGGACUGGAAAAGUGUUUCGGCAUUGUGAGAACUCUUCAUCUUCUCUCCUUAGUCAUACAUACACAUACCUCCACUUUUAACUACUACUACUACUACUACUACACACACACACAUACAAACAUACACAUACAUACAUACACGUACACUCAUAUACAUGCACACCAUAAACGCACAUACAUGCACAUAUAUGCAUGUACAUACGCACAUACACGUCGUACAUAUACAUAG